UUCACACUCACCUGUACCUGAAAUGAACACCUGUUGCCUGCGGCUUUUCUCUGGGAGAGUCGCUCAUAUUUCAGCAGCUCCACAAAGGAACAAGGCCCAGAGUUGUUUUAAUUCCUCUGGACUCAACACACACACACACAGACACACACAGAGACACACACAAGGGGGAAGAGGAGGAUGCGUUAAGAGAAGACCGAGCUCUGGAUUUUAAAACAUCCAGGAACUGACUCUGUGCUACAGAUUGAACAUGCUGCAGGUUGCAUGAGCUGCGGAUAUGGAGCCAGCGGGAUCCCGCAUGCAGACUUUUAUGGUGGUGGCAGCUUUCUGCCUCUUUUCAGGGAGCGUUGAAGGUGCGAGUCCGGAAGUGAAAGGAAAGGCUGGAGGCGAGGUGGAGCUCGAGUGCAGCUUUCCUCCAUCGUUCCCGACCGAUGUGUCCUCUGCCUCCCUGCAUGUGGUGGAGUGGGUUCGUCAGGGACUCGACAUCCCCGUCCUGAUCAAGUUUGGAUCCUACGUGCCUCGGGUCCAUCCGCAGUAUGAGGGCCGGGUGUCUCUGGUCCGUGUCACUGCCAUGAGGCUGGAGGGCCUGAGGCUGGAGGAUCAGGGUUCGUACGAGUGUCGAAUCCUCUUACUGGAUAAACCCACGGAUGAGCUGCGAAACGGCACCUGGACUCGGCUCUCUGUGACCGCCCCACCCACAUUCACUGAAGCCCCGCCCCCGGCAGUGGAGGCUCUGGUCGGAGGUCGCCUGUUUCUUCCCUGUGUUGCCAAUGGCAACCCCCCUCCCACCAUCACCUGGCUGAAAGAUGGAGGCGUUAUUGAACGAAUACAUUAUCAGGACGGAGCCUUAUCUCUGGGAGCAGUGAGCGUGAAGUCAGCGGGUCAGUACACCUGCCACGCCUCCAACGCCGAGGGAAACAGGACCCGGGUGACCGAAGUGAAGGUCAAAGGUCCGCCCGUCAUUGUCGUCCCUCCCAGAAGCGCCUCUCUCAACAUGUCCCAGAAUGCACUUCUGCGCUGCCAGGCGGUGGCCGACCCCCCCAACAUGACCUACGUGUGGCAGAGAGGUGGAGAGAACGUCCAUCACAUAGAGUCUUUGAAAACGCGGGUGAAGAUCAUGGUGGAUGGAACCCUGCUCAUCUCCAGGCUCGUCCCCGAGGAUUCUGGGAACUACACCUGCAUGCCGAGCAACGGCCUGCUGACCCCCCCCACGGCCUCCGCCAACCUCACCGUGAUGCACCCGGCCCUGGCUCUUCCGAUGCCUGAGGACACGUACCUUCCCACCGGGAUGGACGGCGUGGUCAGCUGCCCGGCGGCGGCUCAGCCUCCGCUGCUCCGCGUGGAUUGGACAAAGGAUGGAGAACCGCUGGAUCUGUCCUUGUAUCCAGGUUGGACCUUGACGCCGCUGGGCUCCUUGUUCAUGGCCACAGUCAAUGAUGAUGCAGCCGGCGUGUACACGUGCACUCCGACCAACAGCUACGGCAGCAUGGGUUCAUCUGGGCCCACCAAUGUGAUUCUGCAGGACCCUCCAUCAUUCAGCGUGACCCCGGAGAGGCAGUACCGACAGGAGGCCGGCCGGACCCUGCUCGUCCCCUGUCAGGGAAACGAGGACCCGACAACCAGAGUGACCUGGAGCAAGGUGGACCUGACUCGCAGCAUCGCUUACGCCAUCGAGCCCAACGGUUCCCUCCUGCUGCAGCCGCUCACCAAGGACCACCAGGGGGCGUGGGAGUGCACUGUCACGAACCGCGUGGCCUCGGUGAAGGCCAGCACACAAGUCUUUGUCCUCGGCACCAGUCCCCACGCGGCUACCUCUCUGUCCGUCUCCCCCGGGGUGAGGCAGGCCAACGUGUCCUGGGAGGCCGGCUUUGAUGGAGGAUCGGCGCAGACAUUCGCAGUUUGGGUGAAGAAGAUUUCAGCGGGCGGUGAUGAUGAUGAUGAUGAGAAGCAGGCGUGGUUCUCCGUGCCCGUGGCCCCGCCCUCCGGCGCCAGGCUGCAGGUGACGGGCCUGUCUCCCGCCACAGAUUACCAGUUCAGCAUCCUGUCGCAGAACAAAAUGGGCACGGGGCCCUUCAGCGAGUUCGCCACCGCUCGGACUUUAGAUCCUCCGCCGAGGAGAAGCAAACUCCAGCCUCCCGUGUCUCUGUCAGCUGAUCAGCGGCCAGCAGGUGUCGUCCUGCAGUGGGUCCUUCCUGAAGAGCAGCGCCCCCCCAUCACGGGCUUUGUCCUCCAGUCCCGAGCCCAGCAAGAGGACUGGUAUAAUCUGGUGGAGGACAUCGCUGCCAACAGCAGUGAGAUAGUGGUUCCGGGUCUGCACAAGGAUUGUGAGUACGAGCUGCGGCUGCUAUCUCGUCGCGGGGAGUUGCUGAGCGAGCCCAGUCCAUCAGUCAAUGUCUCCACCAUGGCGAUGGAGAUCUACCCCGGCACAUCCCGGCUCCUGGAGUUCGUCCCGGAGCCAUUACUGGCCGGCGUGCUGGGCGGGGUCGGCUUCAUGUGCUUGGCACUGGUCUUGCUGCUGGGGGCCGCCUGUGUCAUCAGCCACAGGAGGAACCAGCGCCGCAGGAAGAAGAAGGAUGAACCCCCUCCAGCCAUCUAUAAACGCUCCCCAUCCAUAAAGACUCCAGGCACCGGUAGUCCAGACAGUGUGUUGAAGAAAAGCCUUCUUCCAGCCAGCAGCCUCUAUCCCACCACUUCCUCCUCCACCUCCACCACCACCGCCACCUUCUCCUCCUCCUCCUCCUUGCAGACAGACUGUUUCUCCUCCGGCGCUGAGAAUCCUAAUCGGCGGAAGCAUCUCCCGUCGUACCCCAGCAGGGGGCGUCUCACCAGGACAACUUCCUCCCCGAUUUCACCCCCGAUUGAGUUGAUCUCUAGGGGUCCGGACGGGCGCUUCACACCUUACGACCCUGACACGUUAAGUGUUCACAGCAGGAAAAGUUUAAGGUAUCACCAGGGAAGCAGAGUCCGAAGGUCUGUGUCGCUGCACUCCGGAGGGGAAGACAGGAAAGAACGACCUUUUGUGCUUUCUGUUGAUCUCCCUCCUCUCAAACCAGCGGAGUCCAUGACCUCCACAAGCCAAAUCUGUGGCAUGGUCCCGCCCCUGCCCCUCCACAAUGCGUACAUCUGGAAUCAGAAGGCGAGCUACGAUGGCUUUCCCGACAUGAGCAGCCUGUGCUCCAACACGAGUCUGGCCACGAUUCCUCGCCAAGGCCGAGGAGUGACUCCCACGUUUCCCGUGCUCCCGCACAUCCGAUCCGGCCUGGGUCAGCCGUCCACCACGGCCAGCGCCCUGGUGCUGCAGAUGGAGCACGAGCGGGAUCGAGGGAACCUGAGUCGCUGCCUGAAGCUGGCUCAGGAGAGGGAGGAGCUGGAGAGGGAGCUGCAGAGUUACACGCUAGACAGAGGCUCCAUGAGGGAGAUGAAGAGGGAGCCGACGGACCGGGAGAGAGGAGAGGCCGGCGGGGAUGAGUUUGUCUGGGAGUAUAAGAGCAGCACGUUGCCUCACAGAUACCCUCAGGGAAGCAGGAGGAGCUGCGGUUCAUCCGUUAGCCCUUUAUCUUUAUCCUCUGUCCACUGGGAAGCCCGUCCACUUGUCUCUCCUCCGCUCGGCACAUCUUCACCUGCGAUUGCCUCCUGUUUCAAGUCUGGCAACCGCCAAUUCACUCCAUCAUUCACCAGUCAGACCCCACUCCAGUGUGCGGAGGCAGGCAGUUUCUCCAGACGCGCAUUAACUCUCCCACAGCUCCCCGCCAAGCGCCAGAGACAUGAAAGAGCAGAGGCAGCACCACGGGGCUAUGAUCAUUCACCACAAUCCACAGUCUUAGAAAUGCAAACAAAUGAUUCACGCUCGGAGGCACAGAGACAGAACAGCCUCAGUCAUGGCAGCCUCUCAAUGUCGUCUUUCCGUAGAAAUGAUUAUACAGGCAGCUCGUAUUCGCCAAUCGAUGCAGAGGCCUUGUUCCACAGGCCCGCAGGUGGUGAUGCAUGUGCUGAGAUGAGCGUGGAUGAGCCCGAGUUGGACGUAUGCGUAACGCGGCCGAUGCUGCACCACAGAAUCGCCUCUCAUGUGCAACACGGGCGUUCGCUGACUCCCAGAGGCCAGUGUGAAGACGCCAGGAGGAGCACAAGCUUCAACUGCCGCACUCCGGCCUCCGUGGACCCGUUGCUAACUUCUCCACAACGUCCAGAAGCACAACUUUGGAGAGCCGGGACCAGAGGCUCCAAAGUCUGGGACUCGAAGCAUCGAAGUCGUAGCCUGGACUCAAGGAGACGGAAUGAGAGAAAUUUCCUAACCCCUGAUGUGUGGAUAGAGUCACUUAGCCAAGAGAACUGUUCUGUUGAAUCCUCGUGUCAUGCAGACACUCUCUUCAGGGAACCACAAAGCUUUCCUACCCAAAAGUCUCCUGUAAAUUCUCCUUCUGCUACCCAAGAUGCCUCCUGUUCACCUCCUGCCGUCCACACUUUAUCCUCGGGCAGCAGUCCAGAGAACUUCAUUCCAAAUCCUGACGUAACUCGCCACUACGAGCCAAGAUCAGACGACUCCAUCUUUCCAGAUUCUGCCACAUGGCCAAUCGCUUACCACCAGGAGGCCGUGGACGAUGCAGAAGGUUACUCAGACACAAUGAGGGAAGCUCCUAGAUAUCUACCCCCCAACAACAACCACCAGGAGGCACUGUAUGUGGAGGCAGGAGGCUACGAGGGAGGGCUGGAGUCCGGGAGCAACUACAGCAGCUACGCCAGCAGCGGCCGCGGCAGCAUGGAGCCGGCGAACGGACGCCUGUCUCUGUGCCACCUGUCCCCAACACUCACCAGCUCACCUGAGACUGUGGAGGAGAGCCUGUUCAACCCAGAGGACAAGCACAGUCACCAAAUGGAACACGGCCAGAGGAGAAAGGCCUCCGUGGAUGAGAAUUAUGAGUGGGAUGCAGAUGAUGUCUUCCCAGAGCCUGGAGACGGCGAUGGCCUGCUUCUCAAAAUGAUUCUGCUGAAGCCUCCUCCGUUCCGUGGCCUUCCCAGCAUGCCGUGCUCCGCGAAGGCUGUGAGGAAAUGCACUCAGCUGUCUUUGCACCCAGGGCAUCAAAGCAGCUGCUCUGCUGAGCCAGAACCAGACACUGUGCUGUUCUGACAGUGGCAGCCCUCGGCUCAUCUCACUGGUGUGUCCUUUCACUCAUCGAGGCGACAAAAACUGCAUGUGGCAGAAAGUGAGCUUUUGUCUGUUGGACUGAAUUUUUCUUUCCUCGAUCCAAGGGAAGAAAAAGAAAAAUGAUUUUUUUUUGAGGGGGUUGGUCUUCUGCUGCGUCUCCUUAUCAAGCUUCACUCCUCAAUCAUCUUUAACAUGCACAGGUCUGAGUUUGAGCUUCAACUCCUCAGAGACAGUUUGCCCAACUGCCUGUAUCAAAGCGUUUGUGUGUGCUGAUGGAUUCCCUCUGUUCUCCGGUGAAGUCUGAUGUGCAUUCAUCAUCCGGGGAUGAAUCUGCACAAACACAAGGGGACAAAACGGCCUCAGGCAUCAUCGAGCCGCUGAUUUAAGCUGUGGAUGAUUUAGGCGACAGAGAUGAUUAAUCACCCCUGAGUCUAACAAAAGAGGUGUUUAUGAAAUGCCAAUAACUAAGGAAGACAAAUAUCACAUAGAAAAGGUUAUUCUGCUGCACUGUUCCUCAAACUUUUUUUCUUGUUUGACCUUAAAAUACUUUAAAUCUUUUGAAUCCAAACAUCCGGGUGUUUUCUCUUCCGGCCGCCUCAUUGCUCCGUGAAGCGAGACCUCUGAUAAUUUCCAUAAUUGAAGAGGGUCAAGUUACUUUGUUGGGUUUGUCCUUGUUUAUUUUACUCACGCACAUGAAGGGAAAUUAGUUUUUAUUCCGUGUUCUGCCUGUAAUUUUCCAAGGGUCAGCUGACGGGCUGAUUAGUGGGUUUCUCUCCCAGCAGCACCUGCUCUGUGCUCACACUUGGCAGACAACAGUCGUGCUCAUAAGUGGUACAUGUUAUGUGGGCUUAAUGCCUCCCGUGCCGCCCCAGGGGUCGUAAAUCAACUUUCUUGUUUGUGGACUUAAUGAGGAAAUUGUGAAUUACAGCAGUGGGAGUGAGUGCUCAGACACAUCAGUAUUUAAAACAGCAUUCAGACCAGAAUCUCUUCAUUUCUGUCGAAUCCCUGUGAUGGAUUCAGUCAUGGAAGCAGAAUAUAUUUGUGUGGAGCUUUAUGAUGUGUUUGUAUGAAAUGGCGGUUCGCUCCAUAAUCCACCUUGUAAUUAUGAGGGUUAAAUUCAGAUUUUUUUUAAUGAAAAAUGGAUGAUAUCUGACCGGGUGCUAAUUAAAAUGGAAGGGACUGAAAAGACAAAUGCUUCAUGUCAAUUAAACUGUGUCGCUGGACGUAAUUAAUCACAAAUUCAAUCGUGUUGAGUUGUCAGUGCAUUGGACUUUUAAUCAUGCAACUCAUCAAUCAUACAAACGUCCUGAAUUCUGCGGACAUCUUUCUAAAUUCUACAUAGCCUGUUGCAUUAAAUCCCCAUUAUAUGUGUAUAUAUGUGUGUAGAUGUAUACACACAUAGUCAUCAUUAGAUUGGAGCUUUUCUUGAUUUGCCAUCACAUCCGCUUCACUGCUCUUGUUGAUACUUGAGGCUGCCAGCACCGACUAUAUGACUGUUAAGCAGACAUUUUGCUGUGUUACUUUCUGGUGUGAGUGGGCACUCGUGUAUGUGUGUGUGUGUGUGUGUGAAGAAUUGUAUUUGUUAUGAGGCGUUCGAGUGGGACACAGCUCACUGCAUCAUGUGAUCGUAAGUGGCUUCAGAAAGUUUCCAGACCCCUUCACCCUUUUGCUCAUAUUCUUUUUAUCGUAGAUUUAAUUUAAACGGAUAAACUGUCUGUAUUUUGGCAACAAUCCAGAUUAAAUGAGCCAUAAUGACGAGGUGGAAACGUGUGUUUUAGGAAUUUGGCUUGAGCCUGUCACAAAGAGUUGUUCACCAUUUCCAGUUCAGUGGAGCUCACUUCAGUGUGCAGCAACCAAAACUGGAGAAUCCGCUGUAAACAACACUGUUGAUGAGCUGAGAAGUGUCAGCCAGCGCUGCUUCAGAGCGCCGGUCCACUGUUUACUCAAAGUUAAUCCAUACUGAACAUAUCGCGUGUCCAAAUCGCACCAAAUUAAAUUCUGCACUUCCUUGUGCCCUUAACAAUACACAGGCCUGUUCUUGGGAUAUGUUUGCCACAUAUAGACAGAUAGAUGGAUAGAUAGUCGUGCUAUUGAGUGUGGAUAAAUGUGCAAAAAUUGCUUAAAAACUAAUAUAUUGCACACUUAAGUUAGCAAAAGGUGAAGAUGUUUGAAAGCUUUCUGACACAAUGAACGUGUUGAUUUUUUUCGCAAAUUCCUCCUUCCCAGUUUUUGAUCAAGCGCCUCCGCCCCGAACCUUCUGAGAGAAACCUGCUCUCGCCACCUGCUGCUGCCUUUUCUUCCCCGAACAAUGGAGGCAAAAGGGAAAAAUGGGUUUUGCUUGCUUGCUCUAGCUCAGGGCCGUCACAUUAGUCAACCAAAUAAUUAACUCAGAACUCCACACUGUAGCGGAGCAUUGUGGGGUAUCCGUCCUAUAAUUGAAUUCACUCGUUGAGGCUACAUUUACUGCAAAUCAAUGAUUCACUUCGGUGGAACAUUCUCAUUUUCUGGCGCACACGCAGCUGUAGCUGGAGUCCACAAAUGAUCAAACCCCACGUGCCGCUCUGGGGAUUUGGAGUCAGCACUACUUCUUUUGCCCAUGUGUUUGAAACCAUAUCUAAAUAUUGCGCUUCCAGGACAAAGAACGCAGUAAAGUGUGUGGAAAUAUUUUCUUUGUCUACCGGAUGUAAUCCUUUUAAAAGGAAUAAUUCCUUGUUCUCCGCAGCAGGGGCUACAACCUUGUAUAACAGAUUUCUUUAGGGAGUUGCGGAAUGUUGCAGGUUGAAAGCUCCUGAGGAUUCAAUCAUGAAAUGCUCCUGCAGAGGCAUUGAUGCUAUAGAAGUGUGGACUCACUGUGGAAUAAAAAGCUCUCAAAGGAAACCUGUUCACAAAGAGACGUGGACAAUGGCGAGGGCUCGUAAAGCAGAUUUUUAUACUGCUGCCUUUAUCAGUUAUUGUGUAUACUUAGGUGGAUUAACUUUAAAGCAAGCGCACUUUUAUUACGCCCAUUAAGCAGCCGAUGAAUUAUUCACAAAUGCCAGGAAGUGAAUCUCUCAGGUGGAAACUAUUCAAAGUCUAAUAAAAGGAAAUGUCACGUUAUAGCUGAGAAGUUGAACCAUAUGUUCAUCAUGUUACCGUAGAGGGUGAGGUGUCAACUCGCCGUGAUUACUCAAAUUAAUGAAGCUCUCCAUCUGCCGCUGUCUCUAAACCACCACUAGGGGGAGGUUUCAGAUUCUAUAUGCUUGUUUCAUCGACUGUAAAUAAAGAUGGACGACAAGUCUUCACUUCCUUCUGUUCAGAGGCAGUCGUGGUAUAUUGUUUCUCUGUAUUAUUAUAGCAUUAAAUAAUUAGUUAAAACCAAACAAACCACUGGAAAUGAAAACAUGUAGGAGGCAGGGUUUAUGGCCUGUACUGCAGCCGGCCACCAGGGAGCGAUCAAGAAGAUUUGGCUUCACUUUUGGGGAACUGUCAUGUCAGCCAUCUUUCUCUACAGUCUCUGAUACACUGCGGCUUUAGGACUCGUUGUUUUUUCUAGUUAUCAGUACAACAAUAUACAAAUUUAUUGUAACUACAGAAGGUUCCAACUAAACGUAAUUCAAAGGAGGAGUUUCUCGAUGUAUAAAAGUACCUCUGCUUCCCAAAACCGAGAACUCCAGAAGAAAAGAUGCAAACAAGCUGUUUGUUCCGUGAAAACAUUGUUUAUUCAUAACUUCGAUAAACUCUUGAUAAACAGAUAACUUUCACCGAGGAGGGUUCAUGUUCACUGACAUCCAUGUGUCUCUCAGUGUGGCCCUCACUCGAUCCCGCUGCUGAGUUCAGAAAGUUUUGCUCCCAUUUGCGGUGCAUUCAUGUGCUUUUGUAUCCGAACAUGAGAGGAACCUGAACGCUGCACCGAACACGCUGUUUGACUUGUUGCUGCACCAGAACAUGUAAAUAAUUUAUGGAGCUAAUCAAACUCCACUGCGACUGCACUGGUUGUUGUGUGCAGGCCGCCCUCCCGCUGAUACUGGAACAGAGCAGAGAUCACAGACAGGAAAAUGUUGGUUUCUUAGCCUUCUAGCUUUUUUGUUUCCCUCUGCCAGUCAAAUGAUACGGGUGGAGUUACCGACACCUUACCGUGGGAAGGCAGCGGUGGAGAAGAUGAGUCAGACUUCUUUAUCUGGUGGAAUCACAUACAAAAAAAUGGUUGUGCAGUAUUUUUAACAUCUAAAUCUGCAUGUGUGUUUUAUCACUGGUGACAGGACGUCUGUUAACGGGUUCAAAGUGGGUCUGGAUUUGACUUGGAGAUAAUUCCGGGACCGCAACACAUUUUUCUGUUUAUACACAUUAAUCCUGAUUGGUCCAAAUAAUUUGACGUCACAGUUUCCUGAGCUGUGCACUUACAACCUCUCAAGGGAAAUGAUCAACGGAACUUUGAUUGAGAUUCAGUUUGUGCAUCUGGAGCCUGAUCGCUGUCGGAAUCUUACUGAGAAAAUAGGUUUUCAAGGCCUUUCAAAUAAAAAUGUGAAUAAUGUGCUUGUUCUAUUUCAACAACUACGACCCCGUUGCUCCGAAAAUCAGACGUGAAUUGACACUUUCUUUAACUGAGCUUUAAGAACUUUAAAUUUGAAAUUUACUUAUUGGCAUCAGGGUUUAAUUUGUUGCUGAAAACACAGUGUGCAUUGAACAGUUUCACAGUUUUUCAAGUCAGCUUCAGCCGCUCUCUCCUCGCUCUGCUCCUUUAACACAGUGUCAAAGCCGGAAGAAAACAAAGCACGGUGUCGUACACCCCCGUUCAGAUCUGUUGACACUCUGCUCAACUUUAUUGAUUGAUUAAAACUCUUGUCUUACAUCUGAACCGGCUUCCAAUUAUACUAAUGGCCUCGGUACGGCCACUCCAGACGACCCCCCGUGGAAAAAGAUCGGAGGUUGUGUCACAGUCAUCUUUUUCAAUUCCAUUUAUUUAGACCGUUACAUAACUUUGACAACACAGAUGUCUGGGGUGGGG